CUGAAAAUGUGUCACACCUUUCCCAGAGAGCCCAGCCCCACUGCCAGGAAAGAGCCUGACUGCUGCCCAGCCGAUCUCAUAGGAACACCCCAGACCUCCAGCAGCUCCAGGAGUCCAAACACCAGCAGUGGACCAAGGCCCUACAGCUGCCAGCAGCCAUGUUGGCCCUCAGCCUGCUCACGCUCGGUCUGCUCUCCGCAGUGGCACCUGCCAGCUGUCAACAAGGUCUGGGGAACCUUCAGCCCUGGAUGCAGGGCCUUAUUGCUGUGGCCGUGUUCCUGGUCCUGGUUGCAAUUGCCUUUGCUGUCAACCACUUCUGGUGCCAGGAAGAGCCGGAGCCUGGUAACAUGGUCAUGACUGUUGGAAGCAAGGCAGAUGGGGUCCUGGUGGGAAUGGACGGCAGAUACUCUUCAAUGGCGUCUGGUUUUAGGUCCAGUGAGCACAAGAAUGCCUUCAAGAACGUUCUGGAGGAAGAGGGCAGGGUUCGCAGCACACCCAUGUGACAAGCUCCUCUAUGACCCCAGUCCCCAGGCUAUGGGGCACAUGGAGUCCAUGCCACCUCUUCACCCCAUCACUGCUCUGCAGGGAUCUGUUGAAACAAGCUGCCCUUCUCUGCUCUCUUGAGUCACAGCCAAGCUGAGCAAAGGAUGCACUGUGGCCCUGGGGUCUUCCACCCAAUUCUGAGGAGCCCUCACCUUUCAUCUCCCUCCUCCUGCAACUAUGGAAGUGGCCCUGAUUUCUACGAAAUAAAGACUUUUUAUACUUCUGGGGCAAAGACUCAUACCCAGCUUCCAGGCUCCAAGCAUGGCCUCACCCAUUUCUUUUCAAUAACUGCCUUCUAGGGUCUGUGACCAUUGGAUUUAUGGAUUACCCAGGAAGCUCUGGACCUUCUGGAUUUUUCCUUUACAGCACACCACCCACUCUGUCCAGAUCUCUCCCCUCCCCAGGGCUCCAGAGUGUUGGGCUAGCAUAUGGGAAAGAAAACCGUGGAGCCGAGACGGACUAGAUAGAACCCAGG